GACUCUCCAGUUAUGCACAUGGAACUAAAAUGCAAGCGGCACAUGAUUUCUAUACAACUAAUGGCAAAACUCUACAAGUCGGCACAAAUGACCUUAUGCCAAGUGUUAUGCCAUUGCUCAAGAGACAGAGACAGAAUUGGCUCAAUGCUCCUGACGAUGGUUUCUUUAUUGCUACAGAAGAGACCAGUGCGGAAGCAGUUAGAAAUCUUCUCACGAAAACGUCGUAAGCAGUUUACGCGAUCACAGUUGAAAAGAGCUUGUAGAAUGCCGUGCACUUUAAUUCUGAGGAAGGCAAAGUCCCUUAUGACUCACAAAGAGACUCAAGAGAAUUUGAGCAGUCAUUCACAGAUGAAGACACAACAGUGAAACUUCUUCUUUUGUGGUUAUUUUUAAAACCUCCGCCAUCCAACCCCCUUCCCCCAUAAUGAAACAUUUUUGGAAGCUGGGCAGAAGUCUGUUGUUUUCCAUGUUCCUACAUCACUAGGACAAUUGAGGGCAAGUCUGGGGCUUAUUUUACUAAGGAAGAAAACUCAGAUUGGAGUCUUGCCCUAAAUGCCCUAAAAACAAUUUUGCGAUAAAGCAAACAAGGAUAUUGAAUGAUUUACCUAAAUGUCUCUUCAGUGCGCUAAUAAUUGUAGCCUCUUUUCAUUGAUGAAGAAACAGAAAAUGCCUUUUUUUCAGGCAGAUUCAGAAAAUCUACUGGUUACUGAUGAACUUCCUUCUGCCAUAGUGUUAAUACAUUUCAUGUAUUCAGAGAAGUGCUGCCUUUUAAAGGUCUGAAUAUAUUGCACUAGCCCAUCCUAACUUUGGAGCUAUGUCUGUUGAAGCACAAUUGCCAAAUUGCAUUGCCUAAUCUUUAUUUUAAGGUGCUGUCCUUGAGACAUAGCAGUUUCAUCAAUGCAGAGAAUCUAAUCUAUUACUCAAGAGGAGUGGGGGAAGGAACAAAGCUUUCCAAAAUCAGCAUAUAUGGUCUGAAUUAUACAUCCAAACAUCAUCAGUAAAGAUCUCUAAAAAGUUACUUUUCUGUUAUAACCUGAACAGGAGCAAUGCUUCACCGUGGUUUUUAUGGAUAGCAACUGCUAGGGCUGAGAGUUAUUUCUUUAAUGGAACUUUAACUCCCUGUCUAUCAUUAUUUAUAGAAACAGAUGCAUAAUUUAGUGGUCCUCUCCAGUAGCUCAGAUAAACAAGGUUCCCCCUUGAUAGUUGAUGGGAAGUGGCUUUGAAAAAGAAAUUGUAAUUGCCUAGGUUGGAGAAAGAUUUACAUCUCUAGACGUAAAGCAAAGCAGAGCCUGCCCCCGCUCCCCUCCAUCUAAGAUUUUUUUCCACAUGUAGUCUCCAGAACUCCUUUCUGUAAUUCCCCAGAUCCAUUUUUCAUUUAGACUGCAGCUAAACACCAAGAACAAUGUUAUCUACCUUGAGUGAAGCCCUCUAAAGCAGUUGUGACAGCUUACAGUUCACCAUGGCAGAUAGUUUUUUUUUAAAAAAAAAAAUACUUGCACUGCUUUGGUUUCCAUAACUGUCCUUCAGCUCAUUUUUCUGAUAGGAGAUAUACUGGACUAUAUGCAAUAUGAGGCAAUUUUAGAUUCUGGUCAUGGAUACAGCAUGGGAUGACUUCUUCAGACUGUGCACAAUAAAAACAUAUAUUUUGGUCCCAAAUGUUCACGCGGAGUUCCCCAAACAUUUCUCUUUGUUGGAGGGCAAACUUGCAUAUGUGGAUGGAUGAUUGAGUUGUCUUAAGCAUCUCAUAAUCCAGCUCUGCAUUGAGAUUUAGUGGUAAUCCAGUUUUGAUAAACAAACUUUGCAAAAAUAUAUCCUUUUCAUGAAGGACAAAAAAUUGCAAUUCAGAAAUAUCAGGAAGGUCAUAGGUUGCUCACCAUGCUUCUGUUUUGUUUUGUUGGUUAACAAUAUUAGCUAGUAACAUGACUGGGACUUGCUUCUAUUCCUGGCUCAUAAGUAUUCAUCUAGAAAUCUCCCCCUUCCUCACCUUUUCCACAAGCUAAUUAGCAAAGGGCAGAAAUUUGACAUUUUUAAUAAGUUAUGCCAUAAGGAAAACCCCCGAAUGGGAAAAGCUCAUUUAAUUAUUGAUGUAAGGCUUACACCUUAGCAAUGUUCUUGCUCUCUUUUCCAGAUGACAUGUGCUAAAUGGGAUUUUAUAUCCCUAUUCCCUUAUCAAAAUAAAACAAAUGCAUUGAAGCAAAUCAUGAUGCUCAGUGUGACAAACUUUAUAACGGUGGUGAUGGUUUAGCAUUUAUAUACUUCCUUCAGCAAAUUGAAAAAAUCUUUCACUUGUUCUGUGACAGAUCCCUAAACAGGUUUAUGUAAUAGAUACCUAUUUAUCUAGCCAUAUAUGCAAAAAGGGAGUUAAUGUUAGAGUAGCCUGUGUCAUAAAUUUCAUUGAAUUCAAUGGCAAAUGCACAGAACCAGCCAGUAGAUUUCAAAUCUAGAAAUACCAAGUUCAGAACUUGCAUCGUCCAUAAAUUAAUUCAGUAAACAUAAUCAAAUAAAAUUCCCCAUCACGCCCUAUAGCAGCAAUGGCAAAUCUUUUUGCCAUCGCGUGCCAAAAGUGGGGGGAACACAGGGGGGUCGGGUGCUGGCAUGCCACACCCCCAUGCAUGUGUGCGGGACCC